GAAAGCCGAAAGCUCUCAAUUCCCCGAAACACACUUCGCACCUGACGCCAUAGCUACCUCCCGUUCGCCGGAACCCCCACCACCGACCUCGACAACAAACCCUCCCCAGUGACCCGUUCGUCGAAACUGCCAUCCAGCCCGACCUUUCACACCAUCACAAUGGCCUCCUUCAUUGCCCGCCGUGCUUUCUCCACCACCGUCCGUCGCAUGACGACUGGUGAGGAGGCUCUCAAGACCGAGUCCAAGAAGAACCCCGAGAUUCUGGUCCUCGGUGGUGUCAUGGUUGCCGCCUUCAUUGGUGCCGGUUACUACUUCGCCCGCAACCCUACCGCCUCUACCGCCGAGACUGCCGUUCCCCAGACCAAGAACUCCAUGCCUUGGGAGUCCGGUUCGGGCGCUGGCAAGUACCAGUACCACCCCGGCGGUGAUCCCUCUGCUGCCCCCAAGGAUGCCCCCAGCGCCGUCAACGUUGUCGUUGUUCCCAACGUCACCCUCCCCAAGUCUCUCCACGAGAAGUACAACAAGUGGGGCAAGGAAGGCUACUAAAUUAUUAUACCUCUGUUAUCAUCAUGAUGGAGAAGAUUGCUGCGGACGCGGCAUGAAUGGGAUGGCUUUUCUCCAAAAAGCGAGACAAGCCACACCACGACACU